GGGAGGUGGGGGGGGGGGAGAAGGGAGGCUGCUGCCGCCGCCGCUCGCGCUGGUUCCACGCCGCCACCGCGGCCAUGAUGAUCCACGGCUUCCAGAGCAGCCGCCAGGAGUUCUCCUUCGGGCCAUGGAAGCUGACGGCGGCCAAGACGCACAUCAUGAAGUCGGCCGAUGUGGAGAAAUUAGCUGAUGAGCUACACAUGCCAUCUCUUCCUGAAAUGAUGUUUGGAGACAACGUUUUAAGAAUCCAACAUGUUUCUGGCUUUGGAAUUGAGUUCAAUGCGACUGAUGCUUUAAAAUGUGUAAACAACUACCAGGGAGUGCUUAAGGUAGCAUGUGCUGAAGAAUGGCAAGAGAGCAGGGCUGAGGGUGAACACUCCAAAGAGAUUAUUAGACCCUAUGAUUGGACCUAUACCACAGAUUACAAAGGAACAUUGCUUGGUGAAGCACUUAAGUUAAAGGUUGUGCCUACAACAGAUCAUAUAGAUACAGAGAAAUUGAAAGCCAGGGAACAGAUUAAAUUUUUUGAGGAAGUUCUGUUGUUUGAAGAUGAACUUCAUGAUCAUGGAGUUUCAAGCUUAAGUGUGAAAAUUAGAGUGAUGCCUUCUAGCUUUUUCCUGCUGUUGAGAUUUUUCUUAAGAAUUGAUGGUGUGCUCAUCAGGAUGAAUGACACAAGGCUUUACCAUGAGGCUGACAAGACUUAUAUGUUAAGAGAAUACACUUCAAGAGAGAGCAAAAUAGCAAAUUUAAUGCACGUACCACCAGCCCUCUUUACAGAGCCUAAUGAAAUAUCACAAUACCUACCUGUAAAGGAGGCAGUCUGUGAGAAGCUGGAGUUUCCAGAAAGAAUGGAUCUCAACCUUGUGGUAGCACAGGAAAAUACAUGCAUGGAAUCUAAAUAAAAUGUCAUACAACAUGAGCUCUCUGCGGAACCCUCACUGGAGAUGACUACUUUUUGGGUUGUCCGGGGAGGGCUGUCUAAGAGACAAUGAACUGCCUUUCCUUGUGUCCAGAUUUUCUGUAGCCUUAAAGGAAAGAAAAUGAAGGCUUGAUGUAGGCAGGUUCUAUCCAAACUGCUGUUCAUAUCACCUGUCCAUAUCUAUCCAUAUCUAAAAUUAAUGGGAGACUAAAUUGAACCAAGGUUUUCAGUUGUUAUAGAAUGGGACCUCAGCAGUACAUAUUUAUUUGUUCUAAAGAGCAAUCAGAGGCAGUGGGCAUGUAAUUACCACAAAUUUUAUUUUGCAUGAAGAGAUUAAUUAAAUGAACCAAAUCUAGUAAUUCUUUUAUACUUUCAUGGAAUUCCCAGAAAAUGAAAGAUUGUGCAUUUUGAUAGCUUUUCAAUUUUAGCUUUGCAGAAAAAUGAUGAUAAAAGGCACUGCUGGAAAGAAGCGACUUGAGUUCAAAAGUUAAUCUCACAUUUCAUAUUCACAGAAUAAGUUUAUAUUUUGUCUUCAAAAAACAUGUUUAAUGGGAUUUUAAGGCAAAAUGUUUGUAGUUAGAACUAAAAAAUUUAGUUCCAUAAUUUCAUGCUAGUUCAUCUAUUAAAGCAAUGAUUAAUAGCUCAUAUCCCUCAGCUGUGGCUCCUCACUGACAGGUGUGCUGGUAUCACAACUACUUUUUGGCCAACAUCUUGUAAGGGCAGGUGCCUUAUUUUUGGUUUUAUUGUACUGAUGGUUUUGUGCUUCUUUACGUAACACUUUAGAAUGAAUAAAUAUGCUGAAGUUGGUGUCAGUACUGAGAAAUUUUA